AUCGGAUGUAAGCAGGACAUGCAGACAGGUCCAUCCAUCCAUCCAUCCAUUCACCACCGACCAGUGUCGCAGUCGAUCAACAGCCGCUGUGCCAUCUAGCUGUCCUCCAGCCUCCUUCUCUUGGCCUCCCUCUCCACACCCUCACCUGACACAUUGAGGCAGACAUCACAGAUAGCCAUGACGCACACAAGGAAUGCGUGUAUGUCACGCUGAUCUGGCUCAUCCCCUCCCCCCAUCUCACCCUCUUCCUCCUCCUCUUCCUCCUCCUCCUGCGGCUGCUGCUGGCCAUCGCCAUCAUCGGCAUCGCCCUCCCCAUCCAGAUCUGCACACGCAACAUAUGUGCAAACGUACAAGUGAGCCCAGACACAAACACCGCCCCCCACUGACUCCUCUGACUCCUCACCCUCAUCGCUAUCGUCGUCAUCGUCACUAUCCUCGUCCGCACCCUCUUCUGCACAAACCACACACCGAUUCAUCCAGCCGACCUACCGAGAUGGAGGCGGCUGGCUGCACACUCACCCUCCUCCUGUCGCCACUAUCGCCAUUGCCCUCUCCAUCGACGUCGGCAUCCAUGUCUGCACAAGCAUACUCAAGACACACAAACAUGAAAGUGGGCCCAACCACACACACACAUGUAUUCCACUCACCCUCAUCGCUGUCGCCGUCAUCCGCACUGUCAUCGUCAUCCUCUGCACACACACAUACAUACAUAUGAGCAAGACACCUAGCAAGGCAGGCUGGGCACCACACACACCACUUACCCUCACUACUAUCGCCAUCGACGUCAUCCGCACCCUCCUCUGCACAACGCCACACACACCGAUUCAUCCGACCGACAUACCGAGAUGAUCCACACUGAUCCAUUCAUUGCUCAUCCGUGUGCCGCCCCUCCUUGUGCUUGCCUGCACUCUGCCCGCCACCCUCACCACCACCACCACCAUCAGCUGGGGGGAGGGCUACAUCUAGCUGGCUGCCGAACAUCCUCACGGCGUCGGCGGCUCCCAUCACCUCCCGCACCACCUUCACUGUCUGGGGGAAUCUGGCGGCUCCCUCCUUGCCAGCCAUCGGCGGCUCCGUCGUGCGGAGGUAGACGGUUGCAUAGCCUCCAUCGACGUAGAGAUGUGCCGCGAAUGUGUGGUCCGGCUGGUCGCCAUGCAGCACUAUCAUGCGGCCGCGGCUUGUGGUGCUGAUGGUGUGGCAGCCCCAGACGGGCGGCGGCUGAGUGGCGAGCUGCCGCUGAAGGGAAAAGGAUAUGACAAUGAGUGAGUGGGACAGCUGGUGAGGCAAUCGUGGGUGUGUUCCCUGACCAGUCGGUUGUAGCUUGAGGGAUCUUCAUGCUGCGGGAGCGUCUGCUCGCGACCUGGCCGCAUGGUGGUCGCGCAUCCUGCAUCCUGGUCAGACACAUCAUGGCACAGCGGUGCAGCCAAUGUGUUAAUGUGAUCGUGUGUGUCAUUCUCCUCAUGUUUCUCACUCAUACAACACGGUGUUGCGGACUGAAAAAAACUCAAUACCUACACACAGACAUGCACACACACAGCCUGAUGGUCCGUUGCCCAUUGCCCUUUCCCUACCUCCCCCCUCACCAUAGUACUCACACACGGGGUUCUUCGGGUCAUAUCCAUUGCGGAAGGGGUGGUCGGCCCACAUCGUGUGCAGUGUGCGGAUGGUCAGCCGGUGCACACCCAGCCGCUCCUCGCCGUCGACGCGCUCGAGCGUCACACCGAGAUGGCGCUGGAUGAGUGAGAGCUGCCGCAGCGCCUCACACCGCCCGUCGAACACCGCCCGGCUGCUCACCCCCUCCACAUCAGCACUGCCCACCUCUAUCGGCAACCGCUCCACCCGCCCCUGGUGCUUGGCCACCCUCACUAUGGGCUCCCACCCCUCCCACUCGCCGCUGUUGUCGAUGAAGUACACCAGCCGCAGCAGAUGGCCGACGGAUGGCAGAUCGUAGCUGAUGAUGUCCUGGAUGUCUUUGGCAGCGAGCUGGGCGUCGAUCAGCGAUCUGAGCAGGUCCGCAGAGACCCGCUCUCGGCCAAGGCGGCAUGUGGUGCGGAUGCGGGCGAGGCUGACGGCAAGGUCGCCGCCGAGGAGGGGGAAGAGGACCCCCUUCUCGACCUCCUCGAGCAGCUUAAACAGGCGAGGCUGAUGGCCAGACAGAACAACAAGGCAACCAGCGGAGAGGAGGGAGGCGGUGUGGGCUGCUUGCUUCAUUCGUGUGUCUGUGGCUGCCUGAGUACCAUGCUGUUGUCGGUAUCCUCAUCUACAGGUUGCUCCACUGGUACGUUCUCAACGAACCUGAAGCCCUUGUGGACCUGCACACACAUCACAUCAGACAGAACACACACAGGAUCAUUCAAGCAGUGGAGGUGGAGGCAGCUCUGCCUACUCCCAGACGUAAGUACCUGUUGGCCGUGCGGCGAUGCCUUGGCCUGGUGCGGCACCACCACAGUGAACUCCUCUGUCCCCUCUAUUUCCCUCAUGGACACUCUCGUCGCCCCGCCGGCUUCCUCAGUGCGAUAGACGUCGGCCUUGAGCCACACAUAGCUCUUAUUGGCACCCCUUCUGGUGCUCGACGUCAGCAGCACACGCGUGCCGGUCUUGUAGCGCUCGUGGGAAGACGGCAGCAUCUGAUGGAUGGAUGGAUGGAUGGAACCAACAAACCAAUCGACCAAAUGAACGAGUGAGUGAAUGGGGUACCUGUGGCUGCGGCAGGUCGGCGGCGCGGCGUGUGAGACCGCCACCGCUGUCUAUGUCCAUCAAAUCACCGCCUGGAGUGUUGGACGGCAUGGCAUGUUGUCGUGUGAUGUCACUCACUCACUGACUGACCUUUCUCCUUGGCCUUGGCCUUCGCCAUUGGCUUGGGUGCAGCCAUGAACUUGGCCUUGGCCUUGGCCUUGGCAGCAUCCAUCAACAUCGGAGCUGACACCAUUCCACGCCCCAGACAACACACACAAAACAGGGAGAAGUGAGUCGAACGACCGGUGCACUUGUAUGCCGCGUGCUCUGUCUAGAUGUGUGUGUGUACCAUUGUGUUGCGAAAGGUAGCCCAUCGCCGAACCUGCAGCAGGUGGAGCAGGUGCAGCUGCCAUCCUGGUCAGACACAUCAUGGCAGAGCGGUGCAGCCAAUUUGUUUUAUGUGAUCGUGUGUGUCAUUCUCCUCAUCUUUCUCACCGACACGACACAGCGUCGCGAACUGAAACAUAGUCAACACCUGCACACAGCAAUACACACACACAACCCAAUGGUCCCUCUCCUAUAGCUCUGCCCCCUCCCCCUCACCAUCAUACGCACACACGGGGUUGGCCGGGUCGCGGAAGGGAAGGUCGUCCGGCAGCGUGUGCAGUGGGCGAAUGGUCAGCCGCCGCCCAUCCAGCUGCUCCUCACCGUUGUUGUCGCGCCCGAGCGUCACACCGAGGUGCCGCUGGAUGAGUGAGAGCUGGCGCAGCGCCUCACACCGGCCGUCGAACACCGCCCGGCUGCCCACCGCCUCCACAUCAGCACUGGUCAGCUCUAUCGGCGACCGCUCCACCCGCCCCUGGUGUUUGGCCACCCUCACUAUGGGCUCCCACCCCGCCCACUCGCCGCUGUUGUCGAUGAUGUACACCAGAUCCAGCAGCAGGUCGAGGGAUGUGAGGCCGGGGAGAGUGUGAUGACGUUCUUCAGGCCGUUGUCUUCCAUCAGGCGGUCGAUCUCCUUCUUGACGCACUGCAGCACAGCGUCGCGAGUGGAGUCGGUGAUCUGCGAGAGGAGUGCCUGUCUGGUGGCCCGCGAGUGGGCCGCUUCGCUGAUCUCCACGGACCAGAGGGGCGGAGGGCUGAUGGUGGAGCGGUCCUGAUCCGAUGACGACGUCGCCUGAUGAAUGAAACGAACCGACAAGCGACCAAGAGAGCCAUAGUGAUGCAUAUAGUGAUGCAUAUGGCUCUGUGUGUGCGUCCUUCACUCCACCAGGUCUGUGUGUGUCUGGAACUCCUGCUGCUGCUGCUGCUGCUGCGGCUGUUGGUCGGCCUGCUGUCCGGUGUGCUGUUCGGCCUCCUCUGCGGGAGCGGGAGGUGUCGUGAACUCCUGACGGGGUUGGCUGCUGUCCUCUGGCUGGACGGCCGGUGACUCGUCCUCCAACACAGUGACACCAGCUGCACACAGGACAAACACACAGAGAGGGGGAGAGGACGGGAAACGUGUUGCACAGGGGUGAUAUGGUGUUGUGUGAUGGUGUAGUGGUGUGGAGGGGUGUGCGGCGGUGGUGGCGAGGCUUCUCUGACGUGAUGCUGACCCCAACGUGGUGGGGUGCGACCCCUCUGACCACGUGUGUGUGUGUGUGUGUGACUGGUCUACACCAUCCCCCUUCCCCCCCACUCACCGGGCUGCUCGUGUGGUUUGCUCUCGGGGUCCUCCUGCUGCUGGUCUUGGUUGCCAUCGUUGCCCUCUCCCUGCUGGUCUCCGUCGACGACAACCACCUCCUGGUGCUCGGUGGUGGUGAUGUGGCCGUUCUCGGGCGCUGGAUGCUGUUGCUGCGCCUCAGGGGAGUCGCCACCGUCUUGACCGACAGGGGAGGGGUCUGCACACACGCGCACCACACGCGCACACACACACAACACCAUGUUGGACGCGAGACACGUGUGGCGUGUGGUGCGGUGUGUGGAGGUGUGUUUUGGCUGCGUAUGGGUGUGCGGUGGUGUGUGGUGUCGGCGCUAGAGGGUGUGUGAUGAGAUGGCGGGCUGGCGUGGCCGGGGGGAGGUGCCUUGGUCUGUGCGCGUGCCACCCGUGCCCGUCUCCGUACCUUGUUCGCCGGUUUCGUGGUCUGACAUGGUGCGCAGCCUGUUGGGAAGGCCCUCGCCGUGACCGCCUAGCUCAGUGCUCCUCGGUAAACCUCAACACGUC